AUGAUUGCUAAGUUCUUAAACAAAGUCAGAACUAAUAAUAAUAUAUAUUUUGUUUCGCAGAUUCUUUCCGUCCUCUUAUUGGUGGGUUUGGCCCAUGGAAACAUUGGUUACGGCGGUAUUGGAUACGGAUCUCUGGGAUAUGGUCUAGGGUAUAGAGGUCUCGGCUAUGGCGGUAUUAGAGGUUAUGGCGGUUAUGGCGAUUAUGGCGGUUAUAGCGGUUAUGGCAUUGCCCCAGUUGCAGCAGCUCCUAUAGUCGCUGCCCCCGUCGCAGCUACUUCUGUAAUCGCUCCUCCCGUGGUCGCGAAUCCACUUGCAACGAAGACCCUCGGUUCUUCUUUAGCUCUAUCCUCAUAUGGUUACAAUCCAAUUGGAUAUGCUGGAUAUGGCAAUUAUGGAUAUGGCAGAUUAGCUUGGUAA